GCUAUCGAGUAAGUUCUGUUGGCUUCCUGAAGGCAAUCCCUAGUCAAGGAAGAGGUCUACGUGGGUAGCCUGUGCUGCUUUUCCUGGUCAUCAAAAAGAUGGCGGACGUGUUGGAGUUGUUUAGCUGGCCGGGAGAUUUCGGGUUGCCAUCUGUUGAUAUCCCGUGUCUUGCUGUGUUGUCUUACGCUAAAUUUGCUGGAUGUCCCUUAAAAGUUAACCGCUCCAACAAAUUCUGGAAAUCUCCAACAUGGGAAUUCCCAGUUAUGAAAUCUGGAGAAGAAAUGUUGACUUCACCUUACAAAAUAAUGGACCACUUAAGACAAAAGAACUUCAAUGCUGACUACCAACUGACUGCAAAGCAAGGGGCUGACACCUUGGCAUUUAUUGCUCUUAUUGAAGACAAACUGCUGCCUGCUAUGCACUACACUUUAUGGGUGGACAGCAAAAAUUAUGUUGAGUUUACAAGACCCAUGUAUGCAAGAAAGCUACCUCUCCCACUCAACUUCUUUGUGCCUGGGCGGAUAGCCAACCAGAAGAAGUUGAGAAUUGGACACAAACUAGAUCCUGAAGAGGAAGAAGCAAAUGGGGAACUGGAAAACAUGCUUUUCAAAGAAGCCAUUGAAUGUUUGACCCAUUUAUCAGUCUUACUUGGCGACAAAGAUUUUUUCUUUGGAGAAAGCCCCACUACACUUGAUGCAGUGGUGUUUGCUCACCUUGCACUGAUCUGGCGAGCACCUUCUUUACCAAACAACAAGCUUGCUAACUACCUCAAGGGCUAUGAUAAUUUGUACAACUUUUGUGGCCGAAUCCUUCAAAGAUACUUCCCUCCAGAUCCUGAAGACCCCCAGCAGUACAAACCCUCCCCCACCCAUCCCUCCCUGGAUGAGGAUCCUUACCAGAAGCGCAAGAUGUGGCUAUCAGUGGGCAUAGCAGUAGUCGCCAUGGUAACAUAUGCUGUACUUAGUGGCCUGGUCCAAAUUGAGUAUAAAAAAGACGAGAAGCAGGAGACUGGGGAUGAUGAGCUACUGCCAGAUGUCAUGUCAUUCCAGUACCAGGAUGAGAGAGAUGAUGAAUAAGUCAGCAGCUAGGUUAUUGGUUAGGUGUCAUUAAAUGUAUUCUAGCAGCAAGGUUAUAAGUUAAUUCACAUUUGGCUAGUACCAGGAUAAAAGAGACAAUGGAUAAGUCAGCAGCUAGGUUAUUGGUAAGGUCUAAAUGAAUGUAUUCCAGCAGCAACAUUUGCUUGCUCCAGUUUAAAAGGAGCAAUGAAUAUUUCUCAAUUGUAAGAUUAAAAGUCUUCUCAGAUCUUUCAAUUUAAGCUUACUUAAGAAUUCAGACAUAAUGUGAAAAAAAUACCUUUUGUGGAACUUUUGUGGAACAGUACCCCAAGCAAGAUAAAAACCCUGAAACCAGUAAUGCCUCUUAUUUUAUGGCCUUGAAAUACUUUGUACUAACAACCAUCAACCAUCACUUGCUAAUUGAGAGUGUAAUGGUGGUUCAAUGUGAAUUUCUGCAACCCAGAUCUAAAGCACAGUACCACUGUUUCCCCUGAUGCAAAUUUAUUAUCUGUAUUACUGUUUAAAAUAAAAUGUUGUGUAACUA